AUGUUGACACUGGAAGAGCCAAGCGAUAGGCAAUUGGAGGACUACAAGAAGAGUGUUACGAAACCCGGCGUGAUCACCAAUUCCAAUGGAGCCCCGAUCGGCGACAAAACAAAUAUAAUCACAGUUGGACCCAGAGGUCCAAUGCUAAUGCAGGAUGUCGUGUACCUGGACGAAAUGGGCCACUUCGACCGUGAACGAGUCCCUGAGAGAGUGGUGGAGCAAGCAGCCUUCUGUCCAGCUCACGUGGUUCCUGGAAUCGAAUUUUCUCCAGACAAAAUGCUUGAGGGCCGACUGUUCUCCUACAAGGAUACACAAUUCCAUCGCUUGGGUCCAAAUUUCAUGCAAUUGCCCAUAAACUGUCCCUUCCGAGCUCGAGUUCACAACACCCAACGAGACGGACUUGCUUGCUUUGAGAGCCAAGCUGGAGAGUCCGGAUCACCAGACACGGCCCGUGAUCCGCGUGGUUUUGCUGUGAAAUUCUACACCGAGGAAGGAAACUGGGAUAUGGUUGCCAACAAUACGCCGAUUUUCUUCGUUCGUGAUCCUAUCAUGUUUCCAAACUUCAUUCACGCCCUUAAGAGGAACCCGCAGACUCACCUUAGAGACGCAAAUGCAAUUUGGGACUUCUGGGGCCUUCGCCCCGAAUCCACCCAUCAGGUGAUGUUCCUAAUGUCUGAUCGAGGAACUCCCGACGGUUUUCGUUUCAUGCACGGCUACGGAGGUCAUGCCUUCAAGAUGGUCAACGCAGCGGGAGAGCCGAUUUACUGUAAAUUCCACUUCAGAGCUGAAAAGAUCAAAAACCUCUCUGCAAAAGAAGCCCUUCGACUUGGUGGCGAAGAUCCCGAUUAUGCGAUCAAAGACCUGUACAACGCGAUUGAAAGGGGUGAAUACCCAAAGUGGAAUUUAUGCAUCCAGCUGAUGACAUUUGAGCAAGCGGCAGCCUUUCCGAUGAAUCCAUUCGAUAUCACCAAAGUGUGGCCACAUACCGAAUAUCCAUUGAUUCCCGUUGGAACAAUGACACUCAAUAGAAAUCCGAAGAACUAUUUUGCUGAGGUGGAACAAGCAGCCUUCUGUCCAGCCCACGUGGUUCCUGGAAUCGAAUUUUCUCCAGACAAGAUGCUUGAGGGCCGACUGUUCUCCUACAAGGAUACACAAUUCCAUCGCUUGGGUCCAAAUUUCAUGCAAUUGCCCAUAAACUGUCCCUUCCGAGCUCGAGUUCACAACACCCAACGAGACGGACUUGGGCUUUGCGUGUCGGGGAGGAGCCAGCUCUGGUCUCAGUCCAUACCACUCAAAACCGUAAUGAUAUUUUAUGCUUAUUCAGGAAAUGCUCCAGUCUACUUCCCCAAUAGUUUCAACGGCCAUGUGGAGUGCCCAAGAGCACUAGAAAGCAGAUGGAGUGUAACAGGAGACGUCGCACGUCACGAAUCUAUCACCGAAGAUAACUUCGAACAGCCACGAGUGUUCUGGGAAAAGGUGUUGAGCCCGGCAGAGCAAGAUCGUCUUGUAGAGAACUGUUUCACGAAUAUGAAGGACUGCAAACCAUUCAUUCAAGACCGCAUCAUUAAGAACUUCGGACAGGUGCACCCAGACUUCGGUAACAAACUUCGAAGGAUGAUCGACAAUUACAAGGCCGAGCGGAAGGCAGAGCCAAAAGCCUGA